UAUUCGCCUAGGUGUUGCCAGUGUUGGCUGCGUACCUACGUUGGUGAGCGACAAGACAGGUACACUAGGUGCGGCUGUCAAAGAAGUAGAAAUGGUGCGAAGAAUCAGUAAACAAACUGAUCGCUUGGUUUCCUGGCCGAAAUCGCAACACAGUUUUGCAGGUCAGAGCUAACGGUGCACCGCGGUUCUUCCAGAAGAGCGCAGCCAUGGCGGCAGACGGAUCGAGGUUCAAAGUGGAAGCGGUGGAUCGUGAGCAGCUCUCCGUCAGAAGCCUGGGCGAGCUGCUGGAGCUUCAGAAGCUCGCAGAAGAAAACAGUGACCAAACAGCUGUUCAGAGUUUAGGUGAGCUACUGGCGGACACACAGUCUGGUUCGCCGAGCGCUUCCAGGGCGAGAACGGGAUCAAAUGCCGAGGGCCGUCAGCGCAGCUCGAGCGCACUGUCCGAAUCUCAACUGCGACCGCGAACGUUGAGCGGUGCCGGGUCGCUGAUUCGUCCAGAUCGCUCCAUUGUGCUGGGUUUAGAUGGCAGCGAAGAGUGCAGGACUGCGUUUCAUUGGUAUCUGGAUGAACUGAGGAAGGACGGCGAUCAACUGCUGCUGGUGCACAUCUUUGAAACACCAUCACUACCCAUCCUCAGCCUCAAAUCAGGAUUAUCCAUUCCAUCUGAUGUUUGGCAAGCCAAGAUCAAGGAGAGCACAGCGGCGGCAGAGAAGCUGAUGUCGCAAUACGAAGCCGCUUGCAUGUCACACAAGGUUAACUAUCAGACAGUGAUUCGUAGCGGCGUACCGGGUGAAAUGCUGUGCAAGGUGGCAGAGGAGCGCGCCGCGGACUUCAUGGUACUGGGCUGCCGCGGCCGCAGCCUGCUACGACGCACGGUGCUCGGUAGCGUGUCGACGUUCACGAUCAACCACACCAGCAUACCCGUCAUGGUGGUGCCGCAUCCCCUCAAGCGACGCGAACGCCAUUAGCUGUCCGGCCUCGCACGUGCUGGUAACGUUUCUGACGCAUUCUGUUCAGAUGACGUGUGGAUAUGGCCAUGUCCAUAGCCACACUGGUCAGGACGUUCUGGUGGCCGCCGGCUGUAGGAAGUACAGGACAUUGUGUUCGACACUGCACUAUAGUAGGAGACCACCUUAAUUAAAUUGUGCAUGCGGUGUACACCCAUUCACAAAGCGUGGGCCGGGCUUGUCUUCACAUCGGCCAAGAAAACAUUGAUGGCAAUCAAUAGGAAAGGUGUUAGCUCCCGACACCGCAGCUUGCAAUACAAUCACUGGGAAUUUACUGAGAGAUAUCGAUUUUUAUACUGAAUUUUAAGACUACUUGUAUUGAGUAUGAUCAUGCAAGUACAUGUACAUGUAUAUAAUUAAUCACCAUUCUGGAUCAAGUAUUCGUUGCCCACAGCCCAUGGCAUACAACGUGGAAAGCUAGGCGGCAGCUGUGAAGAGUGAUUGUCACUGUACUACCACUACAGCGAGGCUGAAUUCUUCGAUAGUACGAUUCUUUUGGCGUGCGUAUUCUAACCAUCUUGUUCAAACCGUUCCACCAUUACAUUAUUUUAUUUAUAUUGAAUAAUAAUUCAUGAUAUCCAUCA